UGCCCUAGUCAGAGCCUCCGAGUCACCUUCGAGACUUUUCCCCGGAAGGGGGAGAAGCAGCUCCGCUGUGCGAGUUCCGUUGCUCAGGCCCCGCGCCCUCCGGUUCUCAGGACCUGCGACCCCGCCGUGUGCCUGUCUUUCUAAUGACCUUUCUGCCUUGCUGAGGAAAAGAUAGAGCCAGAAAGGAUGAUGACUGACUGUCUGACAAAUUGUUCUCAGGAUUCCAUGACCUUUGACGAUGUGGCUGUGGACUUCACCCAGGAGGAGUGGGCUUUACUGGACCUAACUCAGAGAAACCUAUACAGAGAUGUGAUGCUGGAGAACUACAAGAACCUGACGACACUAGGCUAUCAGUUGUUGAAACCCAGUGUGAUCUCCUGGCUGGAACAAGAAGAGUUGAGGACAGCGGAGGGAGGAGUCUUCCAAGAAUCAGAAGUGCAUCUUAAAACCAAAGACUUGGCAAUUCCUCUGCAGGAUAUUUUAGGGGAAAAAACAUCCAAUAGGAUAGAAAUGUUCUUUGUUGAAGUUCUCACUGAGUUCAUCCAUUCUUCUCCCAAGAUUAGUGAACAUCCUAAUGACUGUUUGUUUGAACUCUUUUCAGAAACUGUCUGCCAGGUGGAUUCUUCCAAGAAGAGGCAAAAGCACGUGGCCUACAUAGAUAAGAGGAGGGAAAGAAAUCACAAAACCAUUCAAAUAAAGUACAAAGCGUGUGUGAGAGUGUGUACGUGCUCUGAAGUGGGAAUGUGUUGUAUUAAAAAACAAUGGAAUGAAUUGCAAAAAACAUGAUUGAUAGAUUUGAUAAAAAAUAUUCAAUGCUUCUAUAAAUGAAAUUAUCCUAAAAGUUGGAAGGAAAAUUUAAAAUAAAUGCCUACAUUGUCUAACUUAAAAAGCAUCAGUGUUAUUAAUGUUAGAGAAAAUUAAUUAAAGAGAAAAAUCAUUGAAGAUGAAUUUUGACUGGGAGGUAGAUAGAAAAGUCUUCUCUGAAAUGUAAAUAUUUGAGCUGUGAGAAGGAUGGACUAUGUUAACCAGGGGAAAUAAAGGAAGGGCUAGCAUAUUGGGCCAAGGGGACAGAACUAAGGUUGCCCUGAGGGUGGGUGAGCUGGAGAAUGGAAGGAUUUGAGAGACCAGUGAGAUGGAGAACAGAGAGUGAGGGUCAGGAGGACAGAGUGGGUGAGGCCCACAAGCCCAGCAUCCUGUAUUAUUCCUUGAUGUGCCUCUCACAUUAGUAAUUUUAUAUUUAUUUGUGGGUCAGAGGAUGUGACUGUUUUUGCUCAUCAUUGUCUGUCUAGGGACUUACAUGGUCCCUGGCACAUAGUAGGUGCUCAACAAAUACAAAUGUCAGAUAUAAAAUAAAGAUUGAGACCCAAUGCAUUAACUAUAACACAAACAAGAAAUCUUCAAGCUCACACAUACCCUAAUAUAGACACAAAAUUGAAUAGUAAACAAAUAAAAUGUACUCAUAUCAAUUUUAAGAGAAUAAUACACCAAGAAUUAGUAAUACAUAUUCUAGGAAUGGAAAGCUGGUUUAAUACUGUGAUGUUUAUUAAUAUAAUGCAUCACAAAAAUAGGUCGGUGAAGAGAAAUCAUAACCACAAUUACAAUAUGCAUUUGAGAAAAUGUAACAGCCAUUAGAGUGGUUAGCAGCCAGGACAAAGCCUUUCACUAAAUGAGGAAACUAAGGACAUUUUCUAAACCCAAUAAAGAAUAAAGGAUAUUCUACAUUACAACACUGAAAUAUUUGUGUUAAAUUCAUGAACAGACCAAAGCAGUCUAUUCCAGCUUCAAUCACUUGAUAGUUUCUUCAAUAUUUAAAGAGAUUGGUAAAAUGAUAAAGGAAAUUGGGGGGAAUACUGAACAUCAGAAAUAAAUCUAUUAUUUGCAGAUGUUGUGGACACUAAGGUGAAACAGCAGCAAUCAAUACAGAACCACUAAAUGCUAUCAGCAAGUCGAAUCUGCUGCAAAAAGAGGGAAUAUAAUACACAAAUCCAAUAACAUGAGGAACGAAAUAGAUGGUACUGCGUGCAUCACAGAUCUGCAGUGAGUAGUUAAUGAAUAAAUGAUUGGACACAGGAAAGCCAACAGGAGCCUACAAUCAUGAGAAAGAGUGGAGAAGAGGUGAACCCUCUCCCGGAAAUAACUUUCAUUGGAGAGAGGCUCUAGAGUCCAAAAAGAGGUAGAAGAAAACAGAACGAGAGCCGGAAAAGACUGGUUUCUGUAGAAACUAAAGUACCUUCAAAGUACAGAGACUUCACCUUUGUAGACUAAAUAAUUAUGGCACUGUCCCAUCUCAUUAUUCUGAAGUUAGAGCCGAGGACCCAUGCUCCUCUUUUCCUUCUUCCUCCACCAGCCCUCGCUGAGACACAAUGAGCCUUUCUGACGGUUAUCGCUGAAGAUUUCUGUUCGCUGAAGAUUUCUGUUCGUUGAGGUCUGCCCCUGGGAACCACAGUUGUAUUUUCACUAGGCAGAAAUCAGAGAAUUAUAGGAAAAGGGCAAAAGGGCAAAAGGGACAUGCUAUUAUCAUCUUAAGGCUUGAGUUAUUAGAACUCCUCAUUAAAGAAAUUGUUCUAUUGGCUUUCCACUUUGCAAAUAAUUCAGCUACUUUGGGGUACAAAUAUAAAAGAACAAAAUUUUCAGCCAAUCUUGUCAAACAGUGGGGGAAGAAGAAGGUAUUUUCUUAAAGGAAAAAUUCUUUCUUUGGUUUGACUUAAAAUGACAAGUUGUCCCCUAAGGAAAGUUUAAUUUUUACAGGAAAACCCCCAGGAACCACUUCUCUGUGAUGUUUUCCCCUUGGAAUAUCUUUGUUGAUUUCAGGGAUCAAUUGUUGUCCAGAGUGUCAUGGAGGCAAAGAGAUCCUUUCUGGAAAAAAGCAGGGUGAUUAAUAGUUUUCCUUUUAUUUAAAGAAUUAGCCAAAUGAAGAUGGAAAAUAUCCCUUGACAUUUGCGGGUGAUUUGGAGGUCUCUGUUGAUAUUUGGGAGGGCUCCAUUUAAUACCUCUAAAUAGAGGGGCCGGGGAAAAAACAUUCCAGGCAGAGUGGGUUGAAGAGUGAGUAUUGAGGAAACAUAGGUGGCAAAUAUAAAUCAUAUAUAAAGUUUGUUAAAGAAGGGGAGGACAGAGGAGAAACAGCCUAAAAGGAAUAUCAUGUAUGGGACAGUUAAAAAAACAAUAGAAGAUUCUGGAAGAUGAUUAAUUUCAAGGAGAAUGGCCAUAUUUAGUGUAGGCAUGUGAUCACAAAGGAAAUGCUGACUAUGCAAUUUGUAGGAUGUAGUAUACACUCUAAAUCAAUGACAAUCAUAAUGUGCUGUGUCUCCAAUUUAGAGGAUACGUGGGUCUAGAAAUCAAGGAUUGGAAAUUAGGAACAGCCUCAUCUAAUAAUCCCUCCCAGUGAGCCGCUUGGAGAGUUUUUGCUUCAGGUCUCCACACCUCUUGCCUCUGCGUGUUUAGAGGUCUUGACUACUAAAGGGGUAACACUUCCAGAGAUGUGGGGAAAGCCCCAUUAAAUUUCAAGCUGUGCUGUAGCCUGGCACUGCAGGUCCCUCAUGCCAAGAAGAGGAGUCACUGUCCUGGCAGGUGUAAUUUACCUGAUCAUCAAUGUCGUGUGAUCAUGGUGAUGGGCAUGCACUGGUUCCCUGCUGUGCUCAGUCGCUGGCUGGGAGCAGCCCAGGAGCAACCUCAGCACACACAGGGGUGGAUGCAGAUGGCUGUUGGUCAGUCAUGCUUUCAUGGCAAGAGUUCUGAGUGGUGUGAGCCUAAGUGAGGCAGGUUCCUUUAGCCGAGGGCAAUUCACAAAGAAGGCUGAGGGCCGAGGGCUGUCGGAUGGCUGCACUCCCCGCACCUGGAAGAAGAAUAAGUCCUUAAUCCUGAAGGAGGAUCUGAGCGAUACAGCACAGCAGUCACUAGAGUCCAUCCCUUGGGACAUGUGAAUCAACUUUUUUAAAAUUGAGACAUAAUUGACAUAGAACUUCGUAUUAGUUUCAGCUGUACAACAGAAUGAUGUGAUAUUGUUACAGGCUCUUAACAUCAGCCCUGAUAUCAGUCCCCCACAUUGAACCCAGCGUACAUGGGGUUAAAACUAAAACCCACCACCCCCUUUCCUGCUUCUCUAGCUCCACUCAUAUGUAAAUACCUGUUUCUUUAAACUUGGACUCCUUGAGCUUUACAACUAAAUGGGAGUUGCAAAUCGUUAAAAGCCCAGGCGGCCUGGUGUUGGAGGCACACUAAAGUUUAGCUGAUCAUGUGUCCUUGAAGUCUGCCAGGAAAGCCGCUGUCUCAAGAAUAUCAAGGAGCCGGAGGCUCCCCAGACCUCAACUCCUCACUCCUGGCGCUGGAACCCACCUCAAACAGGAAGACGAGACAGGCGAAGGACGCGCACCUGCCAUCCUCCUAUCUCACCCUCCCCCCGCCUCGCUGCAAGCAGCCUCUCAAGGCCAAACGCAGGCUGGUGGAAGAGCGCCGACCUGCACAAGCUGCAUGUUCCCCCUCCCCUACCUAAAACCCCAAAUAAAAAUCCCUACCCAUUCCUCAUCGGGGAGCUAGCAAUUUUUGAGGCAUGAGCCCUUGCUUUGCUCCCUGUGCCUGGCAUGGUAAAAACCUUUCCUCUUCCACUCAAGACUCUGUUCUCAUUAUUUGGAUUGGCAUUGGGUUCAGAGACCGAACUUUCGGUUACAAUAUUUGUACAUGUUGGUAAAUUAUCACCACAAUAAAUCUAGUUAAUGUCCAUCA